AUGCUUAUCUAUACGGCGGAUAAGGAAUCACAUGUUGAACUGGUCCGGAAAGUGCUAAGCACCCUAAUCAAGCAUAAGUUGCCUGUCAAACUGUCCAAGUGCGAAUUUCACAAGGAGGAAUUGGAUUACCUGGGCUACCGUAUAUCUAGUCAAGGACUAAAAAUGGACCCAGCUAAGGUACAGGCACUGGAGAGUUGGGAAGCACCCCAAACGAGAAGGCAAUUGCAAUCUUUCCUGGGAUUUGCCAAUUUCUAUAGACCGUUUAUAGAAAACUUCACCCAAAUAGCUCUGCCUGUGACAGACUUAUUAAAAACCAAGGGAAAGGGGGGACAAGAGAAAAGCCCCCAAGCCAAAUUACAAUGGACUCCAGAGUGUCAGCAAGCGUUUGAGAAGCUGAAAGUAAAAUUCGUCUCAGAGCCCAUGCUGCAGCACUCAGAUGAAAACCGAUGUGAUCAAAUUAAUUAA